AUGCUUGAGUUAGUAAGCAUGUGUGAUGAGUUUGGUUUACAUGGAGUGAAAGCAUUUUAUUGCAGCCUGGAUGAGAUUAAUUAUUGCAGGAAUACUGUCAUUGUGCAAAGUGAUCUUGAUGCAAUGAAUUUAGUUAAUUUCAUUGAUGAAAAUAGGACAGUUGGAGUUUUUCUUGAACAUAAUGAUGAAACUUUUUCUCAAAUUACUGAAAGGUUGGAUUUUGUGGGGGAUUUUGAUGUUCUAAUUGAAUAUGAAGGAGAUAAAGUAGGUGAGGGAAAAGACAGUGAUGUUGAAGCUGAGCAAUAUGUGAGUAGUGAUUCUGAGUAUGAGGAUGAGUUUGUAGAUAGUGACAAUUAUGUCACUGAUGAAGAUGAUUUACUAUUUGAAAAAAAUAUUGACGAUGAUGUGGAAUGGGGGGGACUAGACAUGAGGAAAAAGAAAAAAAUUGGGGAAACUUUUACCACUGAGCAAAUGGGCUGA